UCCGACGCUAGACAACAGUUUGUAAUGACGACCCGUUUCAAUGAGGAAGAGGACUGCGUUCCGCCACUAUUCCGUCCCUUCACUCGGGAGUCACUCGCGGCCAUUGAGGGCAGGAUUGCUGAGGAAACUGCCAGACGGACCGCUCAGCUCGAGAGUGAUACAUACAUUGCUCCUCAUCACGUCGACACUCUCAAACCUGACCCUAUGCUGGAGGCUGGCCUACCUCUGCCCCGAGCACUUCAACGGGAAUUUCCUCCUGAACUCAUUGCAACGCCAAUUGAAGACCUCGAUAAAUAUUAUGAGAACAAAAUGGUAAGUCCUUGA